AUGGACUCCUGGUCUUCAUGUCACGACUCCGCGUUGAUGUUCGACUCGUCGGUGAAGAUGGAAUCAGACGAGGAUGAGCAUGUCCGGGCCCCCGGGGGUCUCCACGAGGCCGGGAGCUGCCUGCAGUGGGCCUGUAAAGCCUGCAAGCGUAAAGCGAGCAGUGUGGACCGCCGGCGGGCCGCCACCAUGCGCGAGAGACGCAGGCUGAAGAAGGUGAACCACGCGUUCGAAGCUCUGCGCCGCUGCACCUCCGCCAAUCCCAGCCAGCGACUUCCCAAAGUGGAGAUCCUGAGGAACGCCAUCAACUACAUCGAAAGCCUGCAGGAGCUGCUGAGGGAGCGGGUGGAGAACUACUACAGCCGAGAGAGCAGCUCCGAACCCGCCAGUCCAUCAGCAUCAUCUACCUGCUCCGAUGGCACGCCGGACUGCAGCCCGCUCUGGUCUCAGAUCAGUUUGAACACCACUGCAGUCUACAGUUACGAAGGUCAGAGCGCGAUCGGGAUGGACAGAGCUGCUGGAUCGACGAGUCUGCAGUGUUUGUCCAGCAUCGUGGACCGCCUGUCCUCGAGGAACACGGACGCUCUGUCCCCGAAUCCCUGUGAGUCCCAGUGCAGCACUCCGGAAAGUCCGAACACACUCGUCUACCACGUCCUGUGAGAGCAACAGAGACCUGCCGUGUGUGUACACACACCUGGAGCGGAGCAGUGUGUAUAAAACCCUGCUACAGUAAUCUACAGUAUCAUUUUAGUAUGAUUUUAAACCACUUAAAGAGGACACACACACACACACACACACGUAAGUUUAUUUACAAAUAUAAUUUUGCAAUGAAUAAAAGGUUUUUUAAAUACACACUGAUUUAUUAAACAUGUUUUUUA